AUGCUAUUUGGAACGACAGUCAUUCUUUCCACGCUUCUGCCUAAUGUUAAUGAGAGCGCGCAAGUCAAUUCCGUUGUAAUCAACGAACAAUACUGCAACAUCGUUGCUGCUCGCCAAAAGAACAACCGACGAAUUGUUCUAACUGAAAUAAGUGACUUUAUCAAACCUACGGACCCCCUACCCGAUGGAACCCAUCAAAAUGGGAAGGGAUACGAAAAGAUGGCCUCGGUGUGGUGGGCCGCAAUCCAGGAAGCCGAGCCAAGAAACUUGUUACAAAGUCCCAAGAAUAUUGGGGGGAAUGACUGGGCCAGCACGACCCGUAAGAAGGAGUACGGAAAGGGAAAUAGCCUCUAUGGGAAGGUCAAGACUCAGCGUGGCAGUGGCUGGGACGACAAUGACUACAAAAAUAACUCAGUGGCUAUGGGACAACUGUUGGAAAUAGGUACAACUGACAAGGAGGAUGAUAUUCAUCCUGGUAUCCACUAA